AUGGUUUCAGAAAACAACAUGUAUCAUCACCACCACCAAGGAAAAAACCUUCACCCCUCUUCAAGAAUGUUCACUCCGCCUGAAAGGCACUUGUUCCAUCAAGGUGCAAAUGGCACCGGAGAUUCAGGACUUGUACUUUCCACUGAUGCCAAGCCAAGACUGAAAUGGACUCCGGACCUUCAUGAGCAGUUCAUAGAGGCAGUUAAUCAACUUGGUGGAGCAGACAAAGCUACUCCAAAAUCAGUCUUGAAACUCAUGGGAAUUCAAGGACUAACUUUGUACCACUUAAAGAGUCACCUUCAGAAAUACAGACUCAGUAAAAACCUCCAAGGACAAGCUAAUACUGGGAUCAACAAAGCUGGGAACAAAUCCGAAAUAGGAGAAAGGACACCUGAAGCAAAUGGAAAUCAAAAGAGUCAUCCAAGCAUGGCCAGCCAAACAAACAAAAAUUUACCUUUAAGUGAAGCAAUACAAAUGCAAAUUGAAACGCAAAGAAGGCUACAUGAGCAGCUCGAGGUACAGCGCCAUUUACAGCUCCGGAUUGAGGCUCAAGGUAAAUAUUUACAGUCUGUACUUGAGAAAGCACAGGAAACUCUUGGAAGACAGAACUCGGGAACAAUUGCUCUAGAGGCUGCCAAGGUUGAGUUAUCUGAUUUGGUGUCCAAAGUAUCCACACAAUGCCUGAAUUCUGCAUUUUCAGGGACGCAAGAAUUGUCGGAUUUGUGCCUUGAGCAAACAAAAUUGAAGCCAAACGAUGGUCCAAUCGAUAGAUGCUUAACCUUCAAUGAAGGUUCUAUGAGGGACCAAGAACUGUAUAUUAAUCAAAUGGGAUUAAAGUCUUUGAAUUUUAGAGCACCAACCAAGUCGAGGGAGGAUGGCAAUGAAUCCAAGCUGCAGGAGACUGAACUCACAUGGUGCGAAGACCUGACGGAGAGCAGAAAGUUUCUUUCCGCUAUGGACGACAAUAUUGGAAAACCAUUUUCUACAGGAAAAUACUCCAGCAAUUUAUCAAUGAGCAUUGGACUUCAGGGAGGAAAAUGGAACAGCAGCAGCAACUAUUCAGAGGAAAGAUAUAGAGGAACAGGUACGGAGGUUAUAUUUUUUGACCAGGAUACUCAUAGAAAUGAUUCAAUUAAGCUAGAGAAGCAGAAGACAUCACCAAAGUUUCAACUGCCUUACUUUUCAACCAAACUGGACCUAAAUACAGAGGAUGAAAAUGAUGCUUCUUCAAGUUGCAAGCAAUUAGAUUUAAAUGGAUUCAGCUGGAGCUGA